CAACAAUGGAGGGAGGAGAGAGAUGCGCGUUUUCUAGGUGGAAAUACAGUCACUAUUUUGAGUUUGUGUCAGCUAAAGAUGACAAUAUUAAGGUUCGUUGUACACUCUGUGCUGGCGACAAAGUGCUAUCUAGCUUCAAAAACACUACGUCAAAUUUGAAGAAACAUUUGGAGUCGCAGCACCGCACAGUCGAACUAAAGCAAGAUAGAGACAUUGAACAGCGGCCAAUUGAUGUGGCAACCUUUAAGACAGGAUCAGAAACAUAAGUUCAGGUAGUUUCCAGGCAGAGAAGAGAGUGGGGAUGUCUUCAGACCUACACUGUGAAAUGUUGGAUCUGAGUAUAUGAGAGACUAUCACAGAUCUGUGCAAAAGUAAAAGGAAGAUCAAGAGCAUAGUCGCCCAGGGUGUCAGCUGAAAUCCCUCUGAUAGAGCCUAUGGAUACUGCAGAAUUAAUGAAAGCAGCCAGACAAGGGAAACUGAAUGUAAUAGAUAAAUAUCUGGAUGAUGGGGGGAACCCUAAUGUGCAUGAUGAGCUGAAGAGGACAGCCCUGCACCGUGCCUCUGUAGAGGGACACACUGCAGUUGUCCAAACGCUUUUGGAAAAAGGGGCUGAUGUCAACUUUGAAGAUCAACUGGGCUCCAGGGCCAUUCAUUGGGCCUGCAGAGGGGGAAGACUGGGAGUUGUCAAAGCCCUGAGGAGCCACGGGGCUGACCUGAAUGUUAGAGAUAAGUUGUACAGCACUCCUCUGCAUGUGGCCACAAGAACAGGCCACACGACCAUUGUAGAGUACCUGCUGUCCUGUUGUGCUAAAAUCAACUCCAGGGACAGGGAAGGCGACACAGCCCUUCAUGAUGCUGUGCAUCUCAACAGAUUCAAGAUAGUGAAGCUGCUCAUAGAUGCAGGGGCUGACACAAAAAUAAAAAAUCAUGAGGGAGUGACCGCAGUGCAGCAGGUAAAACAAUGGCAGUUUGACAUCAUGGAGACCCUUCAGAGACUGGAGAAGCUGAGGGAGGUGGGACCAGAAAACACUGCAAGAGAGAGGAAUGAUUAGUGCAAAAGCUGCAAAUCUACCCAUACAGUACAUUUUUAUGAAAUCGCUUUCCAUGAUCUGUCUCAGGUUUAAAAUAGAUUCUGUAAUUCCACUGUAGGUCUGUGUACAUGAUAUUUGAAUACAUACAUUAUAUGUGCUCACCAACCAAAUCUGCCUUUCUAGGGCAUGGCAGUUAAACCUUUGAGAUUAGUCUGAACUCUGACACUAGAAAAUGUCAGCUUGGAUGUGACAGAUUCAAAAUGAUCUGCUUAUCUUAAAGAAGGAGACGCAAACAUUUAAAUGCGGAAACAAAGCUGAAUUUCUCAAAUGUUUUAGCCAAGCCCUGGCUUUUGAUGUUUACUUCUAAAGAGCUUUAUGAUCUGAGGAUCACUCUCAUGGAUGUUUCAUAUCUGAUUUGUGAUGCCUUUAGAAGUUGAAUAAUAUUAAUAGAUAGUGCUGUGCAGAAGCUGCGUUUGGAUAUACAUCAAGAAGUCCUUGUUUUAUCUAGAUGACAGACAAGGCCAGAGCACACAGUAGCACUGUGUUUGAGACGCCAGCUGACGAUAGCAGAGAUGGCUGGUAUGCCUCUGCUAAAGUCAGGGAUUGAAGGGGAGCUCAGUGGACAUAUUUUCCUUCUAUCAUCAGUGGCUCAAAUGUUUCUGAGGGAGGUUGUUCAUUUAUACAGGGGAUACCAACAGCUUGCUCCACUGCUUGCAAUGCAGUUGUUUAUGCACAGUUAGUCAUUAAUUUUUUUCAACAAAUGUUGUGUGUAUUUUUCACAAUGUAAAUGCAUAACGCUGUUUGGAAAGCAUGCAGCCUCCUGUUAAAAAGCAAUGUGCUCACUGUAAGAAACUCAUCAGCUACAUUAUCAGCCACACACAGCAUUUCCUGUUCCAGGCAAGGCUGAAUAACUGCCAGGGACACAUACUGUGUACAAUACAAGGUUAGCUAUGUGACAUUGAUUUUGCCAACCUGACCCUAACAGAGAUAAUACAGUAUACAGUAUUCAAUGUAAUGUAGUUCUGAAAGAUUAAAUCUGUUGGAUUUACAGUAUAUAAGUAAAACAGCUUCACUUGUGUUGUUUGAAAUGCCAUGUGAGAUACAAACUGUGUGCUGUUGAGCUGUUGCUGAUAGUGUAGGAUGAGAAGGGGGAUGGGAGAACUGGAUGCUUCUGCUUUGUGCUGUGUGGCAGCCAAAAACCAGAGAAACCUGUUUAACCAUGAAAUCAUCAUAAUGUACAGCUGCAUCCUAAUGCAAAUCUAGCCCUGUGUUAAAAUGUCAGGAAUAGCUAAAUAGGUAUCUAAAAUUUAAAAAUUCUAUCAUGUUACUAUCUACAAGAUAGCCCAAUGAAAUACAUGUCUUUUCUCAACACAAGGCUUUAUUAAACACAUUAUCGCCUUUCCAAUACAUAGUCAGACCUAUUCAAGGAGAAUGAGGGGAUACUGUGCAGUAGUUUUAUCUAAGAGCACUAAAGCAACAUUAUAUUGUUACUGAAAAAAGGUAACCACGGCAAUGAUAUUUCAUAGGAAGAUGAAAAUCUGGAAAAGGCACGCUUUUCAAGCAUCAUUUGUUUCCAGUUGGAAAAAGGUGGAAUUUUUGAGAAUUAAAUUCCACUCAGGCAGACAUGUGUAGGUAGAGAAGGCUUGAGUUGGCGCAAUCUCCGAAAUAGUAGAAAGGAAAAAACCAUAACAUGAUCUGAAACACAUAUUACACACUUUGCACAUACAGCCAACAUUAAAGCAUCAUUGUGUGCUCUUAGAGGACAGCACUGAGGCAUGCAAUGGUCUGUUUCUAUGUCUAAUGUUAUCUUCAAUAUUUCUGAUUGUACCUUGCAGCACACUGACAUAUCAAAGAAGGGAUUGAAAGCAAGUAGCUGUGUGAGUUCAUGAAACAGAGUAUUGAUUUUUUCCCCCUCACAGAAUAAAACAACAGUCAAAAUCAGUAACUGUAAUAAUCCAGGCUAGAAACAGAACCUCAAAACAAUUCCCUGUUUAAUCUUAGGUCCGUUAGUUUUUCAUGCGCACCAAAUCCCCAGGUGGGUUUGUCCUUAUUGAUUUAUUUUUAUUGUUAAGCAGUGAGACUAAACACAUGUAACUCCUGUUGGCUGUUCCAGGCUUCGUCACCUGUAAUAUAAUUUGAUUGUCUUUGGUUAAACGUCUAUGUAGGUGAAUGUAAAAAUGCUUUGUAGAAGCGUUUGCUGUUAAAGAACACUGAAUGAAUCGGUUAUCACACAAGAGAUGUGAUUGGCUAUAAUGGUUUAUACAUUUCUCAAAAUACUCAACUACACGGUCUCAGCUAACUCAGUAACAGUUUUUCCUGUGACAAAUGAAACACCCAAUUCCUUAAGGUGAGAAAAACCCAACAGAUGACAAUGAAUAUGUAUAUACCACACAGAAAAACACAUACAUAAUUACAUACUCUAAUAUAUACAUCUGGUUUAGAAAUGAUUUCAUUCAGCUGCCUUAAUUAAAAGAAAUGUCCCCAAUUCAA